AUGAGGGCGAAAAGCCGCACUCCAGCUGAGAUUGAGAGGAGUUUUGUGCAGCAUGUGCAGAAUAUUUCCGCCCACACCCGUGGCAUCAGCGACGAGCUGGCCCUCAUGUCACAGGGCCUUCGAGAUUGCAUGCAAAGCAAGACCGACUCCACAGAAGAUCUGCUCGCUGCCACAGGUGAGCUGAGCCGCUUCACAGUGAAGGCAUGCACGAACCUGUCCAGCUGUCUGGACGAUCUGGUCAGCAUGGGCGAGGCUAUGGUACCUGUGCUGGCCGCCAAUCCGGAGGCGGCGGAGCCACUGCUGCUGAACUUUUUCAGCACCUUUGUGACUCAGAUGGGUGCAUUCUACAAGGAGAUCGAUGCAUGGUGGGACAAGGGCUGCGAGAGCUUCGGCCGCGGCAAGGCCGCGUUCUUCAGAGAAUCUUCAGUCGCUAGCACCUCACGGGCGUCCAGGAGACCAACCGCCUCGACGGCCCCGACGGGCGCGACGCCGACGGCGGACAUGGAGCGUGAGGUGUCCGAAACGGCGACCGCAUCGACUGCGAAUGCAGGGCGCCGCAGGAAGCACCAGGUGCUCGAGGAUGACGUAGCGGGCGGAGAGCCGCCGCCGGCGCACGAAUGGUACAGCGAAUCAGCGUUUGGCGGUGCCUCCCCAAAGAAGGGGCAAAAUAAGAAGACCACCGCUGCCGCCGAAGCAGAGGCAUCCGCGACCGCGGCGAUGACGCCGACCACGAAGCAGCCGCAGAACUUUGAUCCGUUGCCGAAUAGUCCGUCCAGCCGCGGCAGUGCCGAGGACACGAUGGCCGGCUUGGCGGCGGCGGCGGAGUCAGGUGCUCAGACAGCCUUGCCGCAACGGCCUGAGAAGAACAGUUCCCGCUCGGUUCUCCCCGUCGCCGACGCGCCGGCGGAGCUGACGCCGGAGGACCUGAAUGCUUUGGCGCGGUCUGAACCACCAUACCUGCUCCUCACCUCCACCCUGGAGGCCGCGCUUGGGGCGGUCGUCAUGGCCUCCCGCCCCAACGUCUUCAGUAACCUGGCCAGCUUCACCUACAAUGAACCCGUUUCCACGUAUUACAUCCGCCUUGUCCGCCCCGGCAGCUUGGCGUACUUUGUCUACUGCAACUAUAUUCUCGGCAGCGCGGAUAUGCAGGCCGACUUCCUGUGUGACGUGCUGGAGACCGACUGCGCUGAGGUGGACCCGUUCGCGUCUCCAGCCGGAGAGGUGAUCGUUGAAGACGCAGCGGAUCUCUCCAGCCUGCCGGCGUGUGCGUGGGGUAUCGGCAGCAGCGAGGACAACGAGCGCCGUCUGUACACGAUGUACGCGCUCAUCAAGCAGCCGCCGCGAGUGGGGCCGACCGCCAUCAUACAAGACUCGCUGAAUAUGCGUGCUGCACGAGAUGAGGUGCUGCACAUGGUGACAGUGGUGGACGGCGCACCCGAGUUUGCGCGAGUGACGUGCAUGGUGAACUUGGAGGUGCGCACUGCAGAGAUACCGACCCAGAAGCAAGCGGCCAUCCUCAGCUUCUCGCGCAGCGGGUUUGCGCAUACCGGCUUUGUCGAGGUCCCCGACUCGGAAGUUGAGGCGGCGGUGUCACGCAUGAGGCACAAAAAGCAGAAUGCGGCGGACGGUAAGAUGGUGCUAUUCCCGAAGCAGGACCUGGAUGCCACGACGACGUUUCAACCACCAGUUCAGCUCGCCUCGCUCAAUCAGCCCGCUGGCGACGCGGGAAUAUCAUUUGGCGGUGUUGCGCGUGGGGCCGUGCAAGGCGGCUUCGAAGUGCUAAAGGCGCCCUUCACGGUGGGCCGCGCAGUCGGUGGUGCCCUGCUCGACGCCACUGGUGUCACCGGCGCGAUGCGCAACAACAUCGAGGGCGUCUUUCGCAAGUCGUUUCCGGACUUGGCUGCCGAGACGCUCGUGGAUUCCUUCAACUGCGCCUGGGUCGAACGGUCCGCGCUGAAGCAAGGCUACCUGUUCAUCACGCCGCACUGGCUGUGCUUUCAGAGUACCUUGGCCACCGCGCACUUUUCCAUCGAAUACGACGAGAUCAAAGAUAUUAUCAAGUGUAAGUCGGUGAAGAUGUUCGAGAAUGCCAUCGAGGUGAAGACGCACCUGAAUGACACUAUCUUCCUCACAAACUUUCUGCAGCGGGAUCAAGCGUUUAACGCUCUGAUGAGUCAGUGGCUGAAGCAGUGA